UAGUCAAGAAUUUGUAGGGGAUGCUCAUUGCUCAAGUAAUUCUUCACCACAAUUUUUUUUUUUUCAUCCACAAAGUUUGAGUUUCCAUGCUAUUGCUCAGUCUCCACUUGCCCUAGAAAUCGGAGUUGCUGUGGUCUGUAAAUAAUUCAAGUAUGGAUCGACAUUUAAAUCAUGGACAAAUUUGAAAGAAUGAUCAUUAUUGAUCAGAAUUAGAUAGGCUAUUGCAAGUUGUUCAAAAGUUGUAUACCCGUAUUGAUGUUCCAUCUGCCCUAAUACAAUUUCAUAAGACUAACACUACCAGAAGUGGGAUGUUGUGUCCAAUUAUUAUUGCUAGUAACCAAUAGAAUUAUAUUAAUAAUGGAAGAAGAUACCAUGUGUCUUCUAAGUAUGGAUAAAAAAGAUUUUUUCGAUGAAAGCAACGUUAGAUGUUUAUCAGUUUCCAAGACAUCUUGUGAAAAACGUUUUAAAAGAUACAACUUGUUAAUGUUAUUAGCUUCUUUUAUUGCUUCUCUGGGAGGUAUUCUCUUUGGUUAUGAUAUAGGAAUAAUAUCUGGUGCCAUGCUUCAAUUAAGAGUUGAGUUCAAUUUAUCCUGUUUUCAACAAGAGAUGGUUGUAUCAAGCUUGUUAAUAGGUGGAUUGAUUGGAUCUUUGACUGGUGGAUUUUUACUUGACAGAUUUGGAAGAAAGAUUGUUAUAAUUAUGAAUGCUUUUUUUUACAUAAUUGGAGGACUGACUCUGACCCUUUCAGGAAGUUAUUCUAUUCUGCUUAUAGGACGUUUUAUUAUUGGGUUUGCUGUAGCUCUAUCUGCUGUCAGUGAUUGUGUUUACAUAUCAGAAAUUGCACCAGUGAAAAGGCGUGGCUCUCUCGUUUCUUUGAAUGAGUUUGGAAUAACUAUUGGUAUUCUUUUAGCAUACUUGACUAGUUUUUUGUUAAUAACUAAAAAAGAUGGAUGGAGAUAUAUGUUUGGAAUUUCUUGCUUGCCUGCUGCCUUGCAAGCUUUCGUAAUGUUUUUUUUACCAGAAAGUCCAAGAUGGCUACUUAUCAAUGGUCAAGAAAAAAAGGCACAGAUUGUAAUAACAAAGUUAUGGCCAAACUGCAAUCUACCUAAUGAACUUAAUAAUCUAAAUAAAUCUUUGGAGUGUGAACAGAAUUACAAGUUUAUGGAUUUAUUCAGUAGUAAAGAAAAUCUCUGUAUGAGAAUGGUUAUUGGUUGCGGUGUAGUUAUUUUUCAACAGUUGUCAGGCCAACCUACUAUUAUAUACUAUGCACCAUCUCUUUUUCAAUCUCUUGGUUUUAGUAGCCAUGUCUCAUCUUCUCUUGUAACAGUUGAACUUGGUAUUGUUAAGGUUGUUUUUACUUUUAUAUCACUGUGUUUCAUUGAUAAACUUGGUCGUCGUAAAUUUCUUCUUCUUGGUGCUAUUAUAAUGACUCUCAGUGUUAUAACAUUAAGUGUGGUUACAGAGCCAUUUCAAAAUGUCAAGAUUCAAAAAAGCUGCAGUAAUGCCCAAGUAUUAACAAUUAAGAAAACAUGUUUCAAUCAAUCUAUAAAUUUUCAUCAGAACCUUUCAAGUUUAGUAAACCAAUCUAAACUGGAUGACAGUAAAAGAAUACUAAUUCAGGAUUAUCUUAACUGCAAAAAAACAAACUUUGUCUCAAAUUAUCCUGUUGCCAUUAGGUACACGUGUUUGUUUGCAUUAAUGUUAUUCAUUAUUGGUUAUGCAAUUGGUUAUGGUCCAGUGACAUGGCUACUAUUGACUGAAAUAUUUCCAACUGGCAUCAAAGGAAGAGCAGCUGCAGUAGCAACAAGCCUAAAUUGGGGAACAAAUAUUAUUCUUUCGAUGGCUUUUUUAGAUAUGAUAGAUAAACUUGGUCCUUUUUAUAUAUUUCUGAUGUAUGCAAUGGUUGGUGUAAUUUCUAUAAUUUUCAUUUAUCAUUUUGUUCCUGAAACCAAGUUCAAAUCUCUUGAAAGCAUCAGUUUUGAACUCAGUAAAAGCUUCAUAAAUUGUUCCGAAAGAAAGAUAUUGUUGCUAGAAAGCGAGUACAAUGUAACCAAAAAAGAAAUUUCUGACAAUGCUGAAUUUGCUCAAGAAACUGUUUAGAAUCGUUUUUUAAAUUCGAUAUUUACUAAAAAAAAUUAUAUUAUUCUUUUUCAUUUUUUAUAUUCUUUUUUAUACUUGUAUUGUUUCUUACAUUUGUACAUUAACUUCUUAUAACAUUUUGCAUUAUGUAUAUAUUAGAUUUGUAAAUAAAAUUCUUUUAGUGUAUUGUUUAUACAUAUUGUACAUGACAGGCAACUAAAUCAUUUAUUAGCCAGUGGUUAGGAUAUAAA